AUGGCUCGGCGGCAAAUUCUCAAUGAGAUGGGAUAUGAGUUUACCAUUGUGACUGCAGAUAUAGACGAGAAAAGUAUAAGAAAAGAUAAGCCAGAGGAAUUGGUAAUGGCUCUAGCUGAGGCAAAGGCAAAUACCAUUAUAGAAAAGCUUCUAAUUGAAGGUCAUGUGGAAGAGGAUGCUACGGCAACAUUGUUAAUUACUGCAGACACAGUGGUGGUGAGUGAUGGGAUGGUUAGAGAAAAGCCAAAUAGCAAGGAAGAAGCACGGGAGUUUAUCAAAGGCUAUUCCGGUGGUCAUGCAGCAGUCAUAGGAUCUGUGGUUGUAAGUAACCUUACUACAGGAAUACGGAAAGGAGCAUGGGAGAAAGCUGAGGUUUAUUUCCAUGAGAUACCCGAUCAGAUCAUUGAUAGCGUGAUUGAGGAGGGAAGUACACUCCAUGUUGCUGGGGGUUUGACACUGGAACAUCCAUUGACUUCACCAUUUGUUCAAGCAGUGCUGGUUGAUUCUUACAUUUCUCCAGAUCGUCUGGACGAAAAUAGAGCAGCAGCAACUGACCUUUUCCCCAGCGAAGCAACUCUGUCACCAUCUUCCCAUUUUUACCUGCAGUUCUUUCGAUUUCUAAAAAUUGUAGGUGUUGGUUACAAAGCGCGAGCAGAAGCAGAAGGCCGUUUGUUAUAUCUCAAACUAGGUUAUAGUCAUGAAGUUGAACUGACCGUGCCACCUGCAGUCCGAGUAUUUUGUUUCAAGAACAAUGUGGUUUGCUGCACUGGAAUUGACAAGGGAAGAGUGCAUCAGUUUGCUGCUGCUGUUCGUAGUUGUAAGCCACCUGAAGUUUAUAAAGGGAAAGGGAUCAUGUAUAUUGAUGAAGUUAUUAAGAAGAAACAAGGAAAGAAAUCGAAAUGA